AGCAUUUAAAUACCGAUAACUAAGCUUUGAGAAUGCUAACAAGGGACAAUUUGCACUUGCAAAAAUUUGUAAUUGGAUAUUUUAUUAACUUUUAGAUUGAGACACUAUGACUGCGCGAAAACCAGUUCACAGUCACCUCAGUCCCCAUCCGAAUGUCACAUAUUUGGACGAUUCGAAUAACGAGUAUGACAGCGAAGACUUGGAAGAAAGUACAAAUGUUCCAGGAUCACCAAAGAAACAAGCCACACCUGAAGUUGACAUCAGGGAGAAAACAACGCCUGUAAAACCAGAAAAGAAACAAAAGAUCGAGACGAGAUCGCAAUCAAAUUGGGGGCCUUUACCUUGGAAAAUACUAAUACUUGUUGCAAUUGUUGCAAUUGCUUAUUCCUUGUGGCCUUCGCCGGCUUUUAAGAGCUGCAGUUUUGCUAAACUGCAAAAGGAAAACCAGCAGUCUGAAAAUGUGUGGAAAGCCCUGAAAGUUGGAAUUGAGAAUAUGCUCAACAAGAAGCAAGUAACACCAAAUGUCUAUCUAUUUUUGUACCAGGACCCAAGCCUAGAAAAACUAACUGAAGAAAUAGCUUCCGAGACAUCCAGAUGCUUUGGUUAUGAGAAAGUCAUCAAAAUGGAUCGUGAAGACUUUAUCACUGAAGGAGAUGACUAUGGUUAUGCCAUUAGGCGGUAUAAGGAAAAAAUAGAAGAUGGCAAAGUUUUGGCUAUUAUCAAUCUAACCGAGCUUCCGGCAAAUGCUGCGCGUGCGUUGCAUACGAUAUGCGACACUGUUAGCCCGAUCGCGGAAGAUGUUGUUAUUUUCUUAACCUUGAAACUAUUGAAGCAAGUGAAUCCCAACAAGAAUUCGGUUCAGUUAGCCCUUGACACGUUGAAGGAAUUGUGGGGGACGCAGUUGAGCUCAAACGAAUUGGAUCCCCUAAUUAUUCGUGUCAUGGAUCAAGUACUUCAUUUGAAAUCCUAGAAUAUUUAAUACACAAAAAGCAUGUAAAAAGAGUUCAGUAUAAUUAUUUGUAUAAAUUGCAAAUAACAUUUGCUAUGAUUGAUUCAAGUCCUAAGGAAAAUAUAUUUUUGAUAUAGAAAUUGCAUAUUCAGCUGAAAAAGACAUGAUUGCAUGUAUUAAACAUAUAAGCAAACUGUAUACUAAUCCACAUACUUAAAAGAUCAUAUACAAGCAUAUACAUACAACCUUAGGAGAUCUCCAAGAUCUCAGAUUUGUUUAGAAAACGUAAUGGCAUGUUGUUGAAAUACAUAUUAAAUAUUAAAAGACCGAGUUUAA